AUGUUUGUGGUUUUCACAGCCUCCUCCCUCCCUGUGGUCAUCAUCUCAAACUCCAGCCAGCAGCAAAGUGCCUGGGGUUCUGUCCUCUGGUUCAACAUGAUCAGUCAGGAUCCCAAGGAUGUUAUGUUCUUCGCCAACACUCCUGCAGCUACUUGGCCUCAGUUCGGAGAGAUGUUGAGCUGGCAGUUUCUCUCGGCCACUAAACGCGGCCUGGAUGAUACUCAGCUGGAAAUGAUUGCAAACAAGCUCUUUGGGAAAAAGCCAAACUAUGACACCUGCAAAGUGGCAUGGUCAAAAUUUUGCAAGGAGAAUACGCCUGACACUUUCUGGGUGUGGUUUGAUGGCAUCUUGGUGAUGGUGAAAACAUACCUAGAGGAUCUGUGGAGGGAUGGCCUCAUCAUGGGUUUUGUGACCAAAGGCAAAGAGAAGUCUCUCUUGAAGAGGAAACAGAGAGGCACAUUCUUGUUGCGCUUCAGUGAAAGUGUCAUUGGGGGAAUUACCUUCUCCUGGGUGGAAAUCACUGCGACUGGUGAGCCUGAUGUAAAGACAGUCCAACCCUUCACCAAAGUCGACCUUUCCCAGAUUCCCUUCCAUGAAAUCAUUCGAAAUUUCCAGAUCUUAGAAGCUGAAAAUGUCCCAGAAAAUCCUCUGCUCUACCUGUAUCCCAACACUCCCAAAGAUGGCUUUGGAAAAUAUUACACUGAAAAGAGUGGAGAGGACAGUCCGUACAUCAAGUACAUCAAAACCAAGCUGGUGUUUGUUUCCAAGGAGAACACACUGGAGGCUAGGUCACCCAUGCCCUCUGACAUGGCACAGGGUGAAGGCCUGGAGCCAAUGAAUGGCCUGUGUGGAGAGGCAGCUGAACAAGAUGGGAAUCUUCUUCCUGUGACGCCACCUCUGGAAGCUUAUGACCCUGAUCCUAUGCUGAAUGGCUCUGUUGCAGACUCAGAGCCCAAUGAUCUCCUGACGUAUCUCAACAACCCAAUCUUUUUUGACAGUGACUUUCAAGACGAGCAACCGCUGGCUGAUUUCAGCCUUCAAGGAUUUAACAGUCUGCUCCCACAGUCCUGUGGCAGCUUCCCAUAGCUUCUCUGUGUAUUCAUCCAAAUCACUCACUUACAGCUUUACUCAGUACAGCAUCCAUGUCAAAACUGUGGCGCAAAUCCAGGAUACCGUAUUUUUCGGACUAUACGUCGCUCCGGAGUAUAGGUCGCACCAGCCAAAAAAAUGCAUAAUAAAGAAGAAAAAAACAUAUAUAGGUCG